AUGGGCAAGCAGCCUUAUUUCGGCCUUCGGGGCAGCAAGCUCAGCUUUGCAAUCUUUAUCGUUGCCAGCGUAGAUCUCAUAAUCAGGCUCUUUGGCUAUGAUCAAGGUGUUAUGGGAGGUCUCUUGACCCUCCCUUCAUUCAAUGCCAACUUUCCUGAGAUAUGCACUACCCCCAAGUGCACCAGCAACAUGUCGGCUGCUGAAAUCAACCACCGAUCACUUAUCGAAGGUGUAUCCGUAUCGACUUACAAUCUCGGGUGUUUCGCUGGUGCCAUUGCCAUUAUGCUACUGGGCGAUAUCCUGGGACGCAGAAAGUCAAUCUUGAUGGGAUCCAUCAUUAUGUCUAUUGGGGCCAUCCUUCAGGCCUCCUCAUUUGGCCUGACACAAUUAAUUGUUGGGCGUGUCAUUUGUGGCAUCGGAAAUGGCAUAAAUACUGCCACCGUGCCAGUUUGGCAGACGGAGUGCUCAAAGUCUCAUCGACGAGGUCAAACAGUCAUGGCAGAACUAUCCAUUGUCCUAUUUGGCGUUGCCUUGAGCUACUGGCUAGAUUUUGGCUUCUCUUAUCUUGAGCCAUCGAGCGUGGCGUGGCGCACCCCGAUCGCCUUCCAGCUGAUUUUCUCGUUUUUUGUCAUCUGCACCAUCAUGUCAGUCCCAGAAUCCCCCAGGUGGCUCAUCCUGCGGGGCGAAGAUGAAGCGGCAGCAGAAAUUAUUGGCGCUAUCCACGAUGUUCCGGCGGAUGAUGCCUCGAUCUCACAUGAGCUGCAAGCUAUCCGAGCCGCCGUGGUUACGUCUAGGAAGGGGAGCUUCAAAGACCUCUUCGCCACUGGCAAGUCCAAAAAUCUUCACAGGACUCUUCUAGCAGUUGGCAUACAAAUCCUUCAGCAAGUUACCGGUAUCAACCUGAUCACCUACUACGCUGCUUCGAUUUACGAGAAGGAAAUUGGAUUAUCUGGUUUCAUGUCUCGAAUAUUGGCAGCCUGCAAUGGUACCGAGUAUUUCCUUGCCACGAUUCCUGCCAUCUUCUUGGUUGAGAGAGUCGGUCGAAGGCCACUUCUCCUUGUGGGUUCAAUCGGAAUGGCUGUUUCCAUGAUCAUCCUAUCCGUGAUGACAAAGCUCGGAGGCACUGCCCCUGGAAUAGUCGCAGCCACCUUCCUUUUCAUCAACAAUACGUUCUUUGCUCUUGGCUGGUGCGGUCUGCCCUGGCUGAUUCCGGCGGAGCUUGUGCCCCUGGAAAUCCGAGCCCAGGCGAACGCAUUAGCAACAUCAGCGAACUGGAUCUUCAAUUUCCUCGUGGUAAUGAUUACCCCGGUAUGCUUCUCAUCUAUCGGCUGGAGAACGUACCUGAUCUUUGCCGCCUUCAACGCUGCCUCGAUCCCAAUUGUAUACUUUCUGUACCCCGAAACGACCGGCCGGUCAUUGGAAGAGAUGGAUCUGAUUUUCUCCAAAUCAGCUGGGCUCUUGGACGUUGUUAAGAUCGCCAAGACCGAGCCAAGGCACUAUGGCAAGCGGGGAGAGGCCCUUCGAGAUCUUGCUGAAGAGGUGUACGACCAAAUGCACGGUCAAAAAGACGUUUCCAAGUCAGAAAGUAUGCACAAGGAGGUUACCGAGGUCAAAUAG